AUGUCGUCAAGCCCACAGGUGUGGCACACGACCAUGCCGCCUACCAGCAGGAGCAGCCCCACAGCCACAGUGCCCAGGUCCCCCAGCUCAGCCAGCAGCCCCAGGUCUCCGGGCACCCCAGGCUCAGAGAAAGUGGCCUCCCCUCUGGAGUGCUCCAUCUGCUUCUCGGGCUAUGACAACAUCUUCAAGACACCCAAGGAGCUCUCCUGCACCCAUGUCUUCUGCCUGGAGUGCCUGGCACGGCUGGCGGCUGCCCAGCCCACAGGCCAGCCAGGUAGCGAGGCUGUGCCCUGCCCAUUCUGCCGGCAACCCACAGCUGUACCCGCUGCUGGAGCCCCUGCGCUGCGCACCAGCCGCCAGCUGCAGGCCCGGAUGCCAGUGCACCUGCGGCAGGAGGAGCCCGUGUGGCUAGAGGGCACCAAGCUGUGCUAUUACCCACCGCCCUCUGUGCCUGGCCCGGUGGAGCCCGGCUUCAUGUGCGUGGACAUAGGCCCAAGCAAGCCCGCUGAGCCUGCUGCGCCUGUGCCCACCCCAGGCCCCGCCCACCGUCGGGGGCCCCUGGCCCGCUGCUGGGCACGCUGCAGGGACUGGAGGCGCGUGGCACUCAUCACAGCCCUGCUGCUCGUGCUCUUCUGUGUAGUUCUCUGGCCCGUGCAGUGUGCACUCAAGACUGGGAGCCUGCGCUGCCUCCCCCGGCCGCCCUCCACCGCCACCACCACCUCCUCGCUCCGGUCCCUGGCAGACAAUUAG